UGAAAGUUCGUCUGAUCACCAUCAACAUGCAAGGUCUUUGAACUGUAUUGUUCAAGUUAAAAACAAAUGGCAAUUGUCAACAGUCAGUGACUGUUUGGAUGGCUGAUCCAAAAAGAAUGACUAAAAAAAUUAUAUGAGAUUGUAAGAACGAAAAAUAUGGAGGAAAAAGCACCAGAAGAUGUCUCCGAAGUUGAAGAGAAAGUUCUGAGAGCACGAACUGUGUAUGUGUUGAUGAAAGAAGAUUAUAGGAUAUCUAGAAACAUUAGAGCAUCGUGGUAUUUCUCAAAUCUUGACACAGUUAUACCUUUUGUUCCAAGAAAAUCACUGGAUAACAUUGAGGAUGAGCUGACUGUUUUGUCUGUCCUACCUCAUGAAGAUGAUGUCCCAGAUGAAAAUCAGCUCAGAGAUGGAUUUAAAUUUAAACUGCUCCCUCAUUCCAACAUCAUAUUCCUGGCAAAGAGGUAUAGGAUAGUGUUUGUUCUAGAUCUUAGCCACUCAGCUGCAUCAGUCGACUUGAGGACUGGAGAAGUUAUACUGAACAAAGUUAUUCCAACAUUGAGAAGAUGUCUGACAGGAGUUGUCAGUCCAUUUAUCUUGCCUGGAACUGAUCUACUAUAUGAACCUGAAUUAUAUGUUACUGUUAUAGCUCAUACACCACUGUUGAAGUGUACAACUAAUCAGGUUUUGGCCCAAGGCAUCCGUGUUCUUAAAGGAAAUGUUGAAGAUUUUCUAGCCAUGAUGAAACAAAGAUAUGACAGCUUUGAACAAAACUUGGCAUCAGAGUUUUCUAAAUUACAAUUACAGCCAAUGAUUACUGAAGAUUUAACAGAAGUGUCAGAUGGAGAAACAGUUUGUGGACAACAUAGCUUUAACAUUCCUAUGAACCCAGAAGCUGGAAUUAUAAAUCUUCUCAGACAAGGAUACUUUGCUCUGCAACUUUUACCAGAAAAUUCUAGUGCAGGUAUAUGUGUUGUAACGGAUGGCAGUUUAGGAGUUACAGUUACUGAUUCAAACAGAUUUGAUGCUCUGAUGACACAAUUAAGAAACAGUACUAUUGCCUGCUCAUUCCUGAAGAUGGGUGACACUUAUUGUGCACGUGCUCAGUUUGGACAUAUACCACAUGUAGAAUUACUUCAAUUCAUAUCAACAGCUACAUUUGGAGCCUACUUUUCUUCAUGUCCAGAUUUAACUAAAGAUACUAGCCAGCAGCCUAAUGUUUACCAUAAAGCCUUGUUACAAUGGAGUUUCCAAAGAGGAUUAGAGGGUUUCAGAUAUGAUUUGGCCCAUGGAAUACAGCAGACCCCAGUACAUCCUACAGCCUUGAUUAACAAGAUCCUAGCCCAUCCAAUAAAAGUAGGUCCAAGCAGUGUGGUGAACCCAAUUAUCAGAAAGAAACACAAGGACAUGAAAUUGAACACUACAUUAAAUAGUGUGUUAUCUGUGCGACUACGAGAAGGCUACACUAUUAAAGAUGUCUCAAUAACUAAAGGAGGUACCCAGAUUGAAGUGAGAUUAGUGUUACCAUGGAGAGAGUAUGCUAAAAUAGAAUAUUAUGCAACAGCCUCAUGGCCAUUAGAUCCUUCUAAGAGACAAACUCAGGUAGAGAUUAUGAUAGAAGGGAGUUACGAUUUUCUACAUGACAUCACAUGUUCUACACGUAGAGGGGUACUGAGGACUACAAAUGUUAAAAACUUCUGGAUGGCAUUGCAAAGUUUAUGUCAAGCUGACCAGCUGUUGGUACAUCUACAGUCCUUUGGUUCCAGUCCAGUGCAUUAUAAAUUAAUCAGCAGCAUUGCUAAUGGUAUUCCAGUGUUCUUCCUGCCUCCAAGUUCUUACAAUCCAGAACUCAACAGUCAACACAAUACUAAGGAUACAGCUUUAAAUCAGUUUGCAUCAUUCUGGAACCCUGUUGUAAAUUUAGAUAUAAAAAUUUGGCAAAAAUGGAUGCACAGCCAUAGAAUAGAGAUGGUAUUAGAGCAUGAUGUUCCUCUACCUAAAUGUCUACAGAUACCCCAUACUACAGGCAGAUUUAACAUUGUACAGUGUAGGCAGGCAUUCGCUACACUGACAACUCUACUGAGAGAGUGGUCUUCAUUCAUACUGAUAGAGGGAUUGUCUUAUGUUAAAUUACUGGGAAAUAUUGUACAAUGUAGACAGGCAUUCCCUACUCUAACAACUCUACUGAGAGAGUGGUCUUCAUUCAUACUGAUAGAGGGAUUGUCUUAUGUUAAAUUACUGGGAAAGGAUCCAGAGAAACCAACAUCCUUCCUGUUAAUGCGAUCAAUAUCAAAACCACCUUGUAUUGUACUGAGAUGUGCUUUUCUGGCUGGAACAUCAGGACGAAAUAGAUACAAAACACUUGGUGAAUUGAAAGAGAAACUGAGAAAUCUAAAGUUCCCUCACAGAGCCCCACAGAAAGUGGACAGCAACAAGAGACCUCGGGCUGGACAAAGUGAUGCCAAACCAGCAGUGAUAGAACAUCGACCCCCCUUACAGUUAGAGAGAUCAGAAAAGAAUUGUUGUAUUUUACUGACAAAACCCGUAGAACAAAUCCUUAUCAGUUAUGAAAGAAAGCCAUCAGAUAUGACAGAACUAGAAGAUCCCUCCAAGUACAUCAAGGGUCAUUCCAUGACGGAUCAACAGAUUGUCACCAAAGCUACCAGAGCUAAUGCCUUUAAUACACUGUCUCGGUACUUACAUCACCAGAGAUGGAUCUGGUCAGUUAAGCGUGGAAAGGUGGACAUCAGUAUGCAGGCCAUCGGCAAAAUCUUGUCAACUUUAUCCAAAAUCCGGCUUCAAGAAGGUUUCCAUUUUGCCUCCAGUAAUUCAGGCAUUGUAAAUAUGGUUUUAGAGGUGAACAUGAAGGAGGAUCAAAAUGAAGAUGGUAUAUGUGUUGUCCAGUAUAUUAUGUUUCCACCACAUGUUAAAACUACUUUGGACAGUUCAAUAUCAGAGGAUAUGGAUGAGAUGGAGACAACUGAGGCUGAUGGAGAGUUACAGAUCGUGACUGAAUGUUGGAUAGAACCACAGCAUGGGAUAUCAGUACAGAAUUCUCCUGAGAGGCAACACUGGGAUAACAUGACAUACAAAGAAAUAGCUCAAACAUUUUUUCCAGUUGACCAAGAAUGUAUAUCAUGUAUGGUGACCUUUGAACACUUAGUAUGGGUGUGUGAGAAUAAUGCUGUUUUUCCCUCUGAAGAUUUUUUCUGGCUGUACAAUGAUAGUUUCUUUGGAAAUGGACCUCCUAGCCAGUAUGACAACAAACAACAAGAGAAGACAACUCCACCAAACAUACAUCAGAUGCCGUUCCCUUUUGAUUUGCUGUCUUUGUUACCCAAAAGUCAACAGGCGGAAAUUUUAUUCUCAACAUAUAUGUUGUCUUCAACAGAUGAACAACCUUCAAAAGGAUCAAACAGUAUUUUAUUUCAAUUAUUAUUGGAUAAACUCUCUGAAACAUUUGACAAAAAAGUGUCCUUAUCUAAAACAGACUGUAAAAGGUUCCUAGAACUACUAAAGAAACGUUCUAGAGAUGAUUUGGAAAAUCCUCUGCCUUUUUCUAUAGAUAAAGUUCUCAGUAACUCUACAGAAAUUCCUCAAUGGUGCUGUUUUGUGAAGUCUGUCAGUAAUAAUCGUAUGUUUAUGACAAUUUUACCCGAAUCUUUCAAUGACUUGUUACUACUGGAUACAAAGUUAGAAGUUAUUAGAGAAGGUUCAUCAGAAAGUGAUGAAAUUAUAGACAGAGUAAGUGAGUCACAAAGUGUUCUGACAGAGCCACCAAGUGCUUCUACUGAAUCACCAAGUGGUCCUUCUGAAUCACCAAGUGUUCCCACUGAAUCACCAAGUGUUCUUACUGAGUCAGGCGAUGCUUCAAAAGAUGACAGUCUACAAGAUGAUAAGCAACAUAAAGAACAUAAACAUGGCAAAGAAGAAGAACCGUAUCAUUAUUACACUAUUCCAUUUUACAUGUAUGAGAGUUAUCUCCCUAACGUGUUAGACAUGUUAAUCAACCCAUGGGAUUUCACACUUCCUGAAGAUAUAUAUGAAGAUCUGACAUUCAUGGAAAGUGAUCGCGAUGAAAGUUUCAGUAAAAGUCCCAUGUUUAAAGUUCCUUCAUUUGAGAGAGAAUUUACUCCAGGUUGUGAUGAGGCUACUAUGUAUAUGUCAUGGAUGAGGAUAACUCAUGAACGAAGACUUACAGAAUGCUCCAAUAAUGAAAAUGAGGCAACACUUAAACAGCAAUGUAGUGUCCUUACUGAUAUAUACUAUUCCUGUUUUGUAAACGGUGUAUUCCAGAGUGUGCAGCAGGAUCUAGGUGUACACAAGAAUGAUGUAGAUGCAGCCAUCAACAACAUAUGUGAGGAAUCCCUGGCUAUAGAGACAGAUAUUACCACAUUCCUCCUCUCAUCCUGUCAACAUUUCCAGAAGAUUGCUGAAUCAGCUAAGUUUGAUCUGGCUAACAGAGAUAAUACCAUACAAGAUGAGCAAGAAGAAGAAGAGGUGGAGGACUUCUUUCCUAGAAGACAGUCUGUCAGAUUUAAUGAUUUUGUGGAAGAAUUAGAUAGCCACCCUGUGAAUGACAAUAUACCAAUGUCAUUACAACUACCAAAGACUACAGCCAAGCUAAGGACAUCAUUGAAUUAUCCAUGUGAAUUCACAGAAGGAUCUCACAACCUCGUAAAGAACAAGUUUAUAGAUAUUGUACAGAAGUGGUUUAAACAAGUUCCCAGUAACCCUGACUACUACAUAUAUUGUCCAGUUAAUAUUCCACAGAGUGUUUCUGGAGAAGAAGAAUCUGAUGCCAGAAACGAGUCUGAUGGAAUUUUAGAUUUAAGCCAACAAGAUUAUGACGAAUUUGCUUUCUUUGAUGAUGAUGAUUUGGUGGUCGUAGAGAGGAAACAGACUGACCACCUCUCUACAGCCUCCAUGUUAGACUCAGAGGAAUCUUAUACUGACGAGGAUAUCUGUGAGGAGGAGAAGGAAUCAGAAAAUAUACCUCUCUUUGUUUUCUUUACCUGUACUGUUAAACAUAGACUGGACCAGGAACCAAUAGCUGUUCAAGGACUGAUUCCCUGCCUAGAUGAAAUAGUCAAUAAUAUUGAAACAGAUAUGGAAGUUAACCUGAGCGAUUUGAAAGUAACCUUUGACAUAAAUUGUGUUACUAUGGCAACUGAUGUAGAAGAGGAGCCAAAGAGGACCUUCAUGAGAAUGUUAUCAAACAACAGUACUGGCAGUAGUCCUCCAUUGUCACCCAGAGAAGAUAUGAUGGGUAGCUCUACAGAUUUAGGCAGCCUGAAGCAGACAUGUCCAGAUCCAAUAAAACAUCUUCCUAGACAACAACAUCUGGCUGUAACUAAGUGUAAAGAAGAGUUAGAAUGGUUACUGAAGGAUGAGAUAGCCUCCUCAUUACGACAGUUAAAUCUCAUUCAGACAGACACAUUGGAGUUUGUGACAGAUCAUAUCAAGAAGUCAGCAAAGAAAGGCAAACCAAACUGUUCCUGUGAACACAUCCCCCUUCAUUUUGUUUAUGGAGUUGAGAAAAGCUUACCAAAUUUCAAAGAGGAAUUUGAAAGACUAAACUUGCAAAAGUACAAAUUGAUGACAGAGGAAGACUUUUACUUUGUUGUAACAAAUAAAUCAUACAAUAACAUUCUGACUAAAGCUUUAACAUCUGCUUUAGUAGAACUCAGUAGAGAAAAUACACCAGCUUCUCUAGAAAUAGCAACUAGUUCUAAUGACGUCAAUACAGCUGUCACAUAUGUUUCUCCUACACUGAUGACAACAGAAAAACAGAAAAUUAUCUCCCCUGUAUCACACAGCAUAGAAGAUGGAUUGUCUCCCUUACCUAGUGAAAAGGGUGGAUUAUCUCCCUUAUUAAGUGGUAGUGAAGAAUCAUCAAGUGUGUUUCUAAAGGUGGAAGGAAGUAAGGAUAAGAAAUCAGACAAUGACAAUAAUGAAAAUAGCACAGCAUCUGAACGAGAUCAUUUUACAGAUUUCUAUGACAAGUUAGAAGGUAUUAAAACUAAUAUCAGGCCUGUAAAAUCAGUUGAUCUUAGAAGUUUGAGUGCAGGGGAAAUAGACCUACAAGGUUUGAAAAAAUCAUCCAGUUGUGCAGGAAUAAUAAUGACUAGUGUUAGCAAUACCAAAGAAAUAGCCUGUUUGGCUCCCCCACCUCCAGUGAUGACAUGGGCAUCUCAUGGACAAUUUCUGGGCAGACCUCGUCAUUUCUCAGCACCGUCAGGACAGGGAACACCCAGGAGUAAAACAUCAACAAUAGACCACACCCCUUCAUGGUUAUCAUCCAGAGCAAGUGAAGCAGGAUAUGAAGGUGAUUCUAGUGACAAUGAGGAAGGAGAUACAGGAUUUAAUGAUCUGAGUGGAUCCAUCCAACAACCAAUACCAAAGUUCUGGUUAAUAAUGAAGGUCAUAUCUAAGGUCAAAGAUUUAGGAGUGGAUGUUUACUUUCAUUCUAGGGAAACUGGCCAAGAAGACACAGAAGAAAUUAUUGAACAAAGAAAAUUAGUAUCUCAUGUUAAAGACAGUAUAGAUAAGCUUUGUUGUAAAGUCAACCAACUGUUGUUAUUAAAUGAUUUGUAUGACACAAGGGUUUGUAAAAACCUUCUGGUUCCUGAGGCUGAUGAGGACGUCAAGUGGGCAGUAGACAAAACUGUUCCCAGAGGGAUGACGCUAAAUAGAGGUUCAGAAGACGGUUCUGAAGAGGAAGAAGAAGCAGCCGGGGACCAGCAUUACUUGUAUGACACCCAUAAGUGGGAUGGUGGCCAUUUUGAUUGUGAAAGUGUUUAUACCAAAACAUUUUAUAUCCAUUCCAGGCUUAAAUCAAUGUCAGGGCCAAGGACAAGUAGUAACUCUAAAGGGAUGACAGCACUGAAGGCUGUACUGAAUAAAUUCUCAGUCAUCAACAGGAAAAAUAUGUUUGUAAUAAAGGAAUCUACAACACAAGCAGUGUUUUAUCUUAGAUUGAAAGAAGUCAGUGGAAAAGAUGCCAUUUAUCAGAGACAGUUAUCUACAAUAAUUGGGGACGAAUUUGAACUAGGAGAAUCUUCAGCAUCCCUAAUUGCCAUGAUGAAGAAAGAAGAAAUGCUGAAUGUGCCAGAAAAAGACAGUGACACUUUAUCAAUAACAUCUUCAGGCAGUGCAAUAUCUUCAAUGAAACCACAAGAUGAAAUACAACUGUUUGUCCAUGGCAUAGAACCACCAGGAAAAGAUAUUAGAGUAGGAUUAGUAAACACUUUACAGAAUAAGUUAGAUGAUGCUGUACUAGAGAUUCUGUGUUUACAGCUUAACAGGAACCCUAUGUCAAAGUUAUCUGCAGAAGAUGUUCAUUUUAUCCAGAAACCACAAGAGAUCAGAAGAAAUGCUGAGGACAGCAAGGGACCUAUGCAGAUACAACUGACAAUACCUGUAUCUGCCACCAUGCAGUUAUCAGCUGUUGUGUACUAUCUGAAACAAAACCUGAAGUUGUUCUCUCAUAUACCUAAUUAUGCUGAUAACAGACCAGACAGCCACUUCCAGGACAUAAUGGAUGGCAGACAACAAGCCAUUCCUGAUGGUCAAGCUUUUCUAUACAUCAGACCAACACAUGGAGGAAAAGGGAUAGCAUGUAUCAGUUUGGCAUUAGUUGAUGGGAAAGGUAUACCCGUACAAGCAUUGGGUUGUCGUAAACCUUCUAGGAUUGGUUAUACCAAAAUAGCCUCAGAGAAAGAAUUUGAACAUCUUAUACACACAGAUCUGUAUGAAAGUAAUGGUGAUUCUAGGCCAGGUCCUACAGCAUUGUUACAGUUUCGAGCAUGGGAAGUUGGUUCAGCAGAUCUGGGAUCACUGAAGGAGAAAUUGAUAUUAGCUGUUCACCAUUCUUUGUGUGACAUAGUGACGGAGUUCACCAUGCUGACAGCCUCAGUCUGUCAGAUACCUCACCAGUUAAUGGAGUUACUGCCAGUAGCAUCAUACUCAACUCCCUCAUCACCUCAUGCUCCUAGAGAAUCAGACCUUCAAAGGAGACAUUCUAUAAUGACAAGAAAGAUGCCAGACAAGAUAGUUCUUAGUAGUGCUGUGUCUUCUCCAUUGCUUCAGUCACUUAAAGAUGCCUUUACGAGAGUUACCUCCCCUUCACCAGAUCAGGCUAAGUCCUUUUUUGAUAUUCCAAGUUCAGCAGCACAUAUUCAAGGUCAGUCGUCACCUAGUUCAUCUUUGAUGUCAGGUUAUAGCACCGGAUCAGAAGGCGAUGUUCAACAGAUCAUACAGAAAUACGAGGAGGGCAGUCGUGGUAUCCUCAACCCUGUAUUCUCUUCACUACUUAUCAAGUGGUUUGAUUUCUGUCAUGAAAUAGGUGUUCCUUCUGUGAGUAAAGAUGUAAUGUCUCUGUCUUCAAGAUUUGCUGUUGAUUUUUUCCUGAAGGAAUUUAUUAAUGUUGUUUCUCAUAUACUUGGUGAUGUUCAUCCUAAAAUCUUCAAGUUAUACAAAGACAGCGAUGGGAAUCUGUGUAAUGGAACGUUAUACAACCCAUGCAGAGUUCCAGUUCAGACUGAUGAUGUCAAUAUAGAGAGUUCAUUGGAUACUACAGACAGAUUUGAUAUGGUGAUGGCAGAUCAGGACAUCAACUUUGUGGUAGUUGGACGUAACACAGAACAAUGGCAGGCUAGUGUCCAGGAUUUUAACGAGGAAGAAUUUACAGCUUCACCCACAUCUCCUAAAGCUAUACCUAAACAUGCACUUCAGAGAUUUGCACCAUUGUGGUCUGAGAGAGAAAAAUCACCAGAUAUAUUGAACAUGUUAGCAAGUCCAGAUCCACUGUUUAUACCAAGGCAGAGGUUACUACUACUUACUGUACAGAACAGAAAUCUAUGUCUGUACACGUACAACUGGGCAGGAGAUUUGAACAAGAUGCUCAUUUUAAAUGUUUCCAAGUUAGUGAAGUGGAACAACAAUCGUAAUACCUUACUGAAUAGUAUUAUCAGUCAGAAAAUGGGACUGUUCCAUCAUUGUGGAUUUUCACAGUCGAGUAAAACAAAGAAUAGUGAAUUAGACAAUUUGAUCAAACAUGCAGCCCCACCUCCAAAUGAACAUCUGAGAAGGAAAAACAGUAACAUUGGUCCAUUCAGUGCUAGUCAUCCUAGUCAACCUUUUGAUGAGGCUUUCAAGGAUACACAGCCAACAAAACCUCUAUCACAGACGCAGCAUGCUGUCAUCAGAGAUGUGGUCAAAUGUCACGGGUUACAAACACAAGGGGUCAGAGGGCAUGUCAGAAAAGAUGUAGAUGCCAUAUUGACUCUGAAUAAACUGUUUUGGUCAUGGAUCGCUAAAUCCAGUUGUAAUGAACCAAUUUAUGAAGAAGAUUUACAUCUGUUAAAACAGUUCAGUCGUUUACUUCACUACUGUGCCACGCCCAUUCUCUUUUUUUCUCAAUGGAGACAGAAAAUUAUGGAGAAGUACAGAUCUACUCAGAGACUACCUAGUACACCUACUCCAGAUAAAACAGAUAAAAGUAGAUCUCGCCACAGUUCAGGAACAUCCACUAGUAGUUUGAGAACUAAAAGAGCUGACAGCCAAGAUGGUAAGAAACGACCAGAUUCAACACCCUCAGAUUCUCCCAUCCAUGGACAAAAACAGAAGAGAUUUCAGGAGGAAGGAUGGCAUGUAGAGAUACGAUCAGAGUUCAUCAGUGAAUACAUGAAUUAUGUCAAGUCUCUGGGAUUUGUCCCUAUUAAUCUUACAGCUAAUCCAAAGAAAAAUUUUCGUCACAGAAAGACUCCAUCCCAUGAGAAUUUUGUACCAGAUGAUAGUCACAUCCAUGGUUCUAUUGGUACAGUCAAGCAUUUACAGAAGACCAUGUCUGGUGGAAUCAUGUUGAUGGAGCUCAGCUUUAGGGAGCAGUAUUUCUGUGUUAAGUUGUUUGUUUGUGAAUCCUCCAGACUAGGAACACCUGUGAACCAGCAUUUAAAGGUACUGUUUGUAGAUGAGUGUGAGAAAUGUAAAGAUUUAAUACAUGUCCAUUCCUUUGCCCAUGAUUUCCAUCUACGAUCGAUACAGUCCUGUAUCAGUGGUAAAGGAAUGUAUAAAAACUUCUACCACAUGACUGGGUUCCUGUCGGACUUCAGUUUGGUGUACCCGUAUCCACCAGCAUUUUCAAGGAAUUUUCUACUGACAGAUUUUAUAACAUUUCCAGAGUUAUCUUCUCCUGCUCAGACAUUGUAUGAACAUAUGACUAACCACAUCAAGGAUCAUGGUAUGAAGGUCAUUGCCAUGACACCCACUGUUGAUGCUGAUAUUGAAAGUGAAUACUGUUUUGUAAGGACCACAGAGUAUGCCUUGACACAGUACAAAGAGUUCAAGGUCCCUACUCGACAGAAGUCAGUGACUGAUGACUUUGACAUUGGACUAGUGAUAACAAACAUGUCACAGAGUAAUGUUUAUCAGACUGAUGCUGAGAAAUAUACCCUAAAGUUACAGUACUUUAUAGUACUAACCAGUAAGAGAGAUUUGUUUCCGGUGGCUUACUUGGAGAAAAAGUUAGGGCAGUUUAAAACCUUACCACAAACUCCAGAAGUAAUACCACGUAUCAGCAGUAACCCAGUACCAGUUAAACAACAUAUUGGUGUUAGAAAGCAAUCAAGAAGACCUUAUAAAAGGACCAAUCAACAUCAAGAAACAGCAGAAAACAUCCUGAUGCAGGAAUCUACUAUGGCCAGAGAAAAAAUGAAUGAGUUAAUAAGACAAUCUACAGCGGAAUGUCGUAAAGAUUCACUGUGGAACAGGAUGUUGAUUGUUACACAUGCUGACGAAGAUGUAAAGAAAAAGAAACGAAGUGAUACAGAGGAAAGCAAAGAUGGGUUUCAAAAGUUAUCCCAUGAUGAGUUUUUGGAGUUACUUGGUAUGGUUGUGAAGCAGAGGUUAGCUGAUAUAGACCCACAGUUAAUGCCAUUCCAUAACAUGAGUUUAAUGUGGUAUAAAAGUCUGUAUAAACUGCUCCAAUCCAGAUACCCAGAAACACAUAGGUCUUUCUCUAGUCCAGAUGGACAUGUGCAAUAUUUGGUUGUUGUUAAUCCUCAGUUUCCUGAUAUGCUGAUGAUGUUAAUGAUUGAUGUUAAAGAUCACAAAACUGACCUAUGUGCAGUUUUUCGUGAAGCCCUAUCUGAUGAAGCAGAUCAAAGCAAGCCAAGUUUACCAUUUAUCAACAUCCAAGAUCAUGAAACAGACUUUAUUAAUGUUUGUUGUUUUCAUCUCUGGGCUUCUUUAUUGUGAAGAAUUGAUCAACUAACUUGACAUUCAUUUGCAUUUAAAACCAUAAUUUUCAUUGAACCAUUUAUGUGAAACCAUGACAACCUCUGUGUUUUUAUAUAUGGGUUGUAUGAGACUCCAAGAUAUAUUCUUUAUGAAAUAUUUUAUACCCAUGCUUCAGAGUGGAGGUAGUUAUAAAUAAAGUAUAACAAGUGUAAUGUAAACUUUAAUUGUUACUUUAUACAAUUAGAUUGUAUACACUAUAGACAUAUUUGUUACUAAUUCCUAUUGUCAAAUUUGCAGUUAUAUUGAGAGAUACCGUUAAAGCAGAAAUUUUUGUGGAGGAUUUGAUUUCGUUUAUUUACUGGAAAUUAUAUAUCAACGAAAUUAAAAAAAUAAAAUGAAUAUUAAACCUUCAUAUAAUAUUGCUUCCAUUUACUGGAAACCACAAAAUUAAUCCCCAUGAAAUGUUAUAUGGAGACAAAACCCCAAAGUUUUAACCCAACUAAACUUAAUGUUUCUACAGUAGAUAUAGAACUUGAUUUUGUUAAAAAAAGUUUUUUGAAAUAGGUAAUUUUCUAACCAACUACUUUCUUUGUUUCCUUGCCUUCUGAUUAGUUGCUUAUUAUCAGGAAAUAAGGACAUGUGACUUUACUGAUGAGAUUUUCUAAAAUUGUGUCAGUUGUCAUGGCGACAAAUUAUAAACAGUCAUAUUAAUAAUGUAUAUGACAAAUAUAACCAAAAUUUUGUUUUUGUUUAUCUGUCUUGCAUACUCAUGUUACAGUUUCAUUUUAAUCAUAUUGAUCUUGUCUCUUCGCUAACUUAAACCUGUAUAUUCUCUGCAUUAAGAUAAAUCUGUAUAUGUAUAUUUUAACAUUUAUAUGGAGAACAAAAUUAUAAUUCUUAUGAUCUCUCUAGUCUUGCCAUUUCUCAUAUAAGAUUUUACAAAUUUGUUCAUUUUACCAUAUUUUUAUCAUGAGAUGAGAAAUAUAUCAAUUAACUCCUGAUAAUGUUUUUAAUAACAUAUGGAUCAUUUUGUUGGUUUGAUGUGAUCAGUUUUACAUUUUUAUUUUUGUAUAAAUUUCUAAAAUAAAAAUGAUGUUAGAGCUAUUAUAGAAAUCCAUGUUUACCAAAACUUUGGUUGACAUUCUAGCAAACAUUGUUAGAAUGUUUAACUUGACCUUGAAACCAAAAUUAUAUUAUUCUAGUGUUACUAAAAUCAUUAAUAUUGAAAGGUUUCAACUAAAUGACCCAUAGUUUCUUUAUAUUCAAAUCUUUAGAAAUACUUGUUGAUUUUUUUUUUACUGUUUGGUAUGUAACAUUAUAGUAAAUAGUGAGACAUUACUUAAAGAUUGGAAACAAUAUUACUGCUUAUGACAUGAUAUUUUGAUUAGGAAAUUGUUAGCAAUCUAAUAGCUGAUAGAGUGAUAGAGCAGAUUAUUACCUAGGGUAAUAUAGUAUUUGCCAUAGGACGGCCGUGAAGUAUAAAAAAGUAACAAGUUCUUUUUUGUUUCUAAAGAUAGGAUACACUUUGUAAAAUUAUUCUCUCUGUGAUAUGAGAUGACUUUUUCCCUGUGUAAUAGAAGUCUCAGUUGUUAAACAGUUUCUGUAAAAAGCUUUUUCUGUGAUUAUAGCUACUGAAGUGUGUGAUUGAUCUAACAUUCGUUUUGCAAAAAAUAUUUUUGUAAAUUUAGUUGUAAAUUCUGCAAGAGUUAGUUGGAUUUGUUAAAUAUAAUCGAUAUUAAAAGAAUAUCAUGCUUAUGACAAAUAUUGUUAUAUUGCGAAAUGGAAAGUUAUUUUUGUUACCUCCGGUAGGCUGAUAUUGUUAAUGCUGACACAAAGAAAGUUUUUUUUCUUUUUUAUAUAAUAUAAAACUCAAAGUGCCAUUAUAUUCCUGCAUAGUAUUUUUGUAAUAACAUAACACUUUUGGACAUAAUAAAAUUGUAUGCAGUGCAUUGUUUCGUUAAAUUAUGCUGAACAUGCUUUUGAAUACACAAAUAUAUAUUUAAAUUAGGUAAUAAAUUCACAUGCACACAACGAAACUUGCAAUAAGUUUUCAUGAUUGUUUUAAAUUGUUAAGAUAUUGUAUAUCUGGUUUUGACCUACAGUGCUGUAUAAUUAAUUUUAAUGGUUAUUUCAAUAAAUGACUACAAUAAA